GUCACCAUCUGCAUCGCCUCUUGCAUUUCAGAUUGGAACUGAUGACGAGGGGGGUGAUCCAGAGGAGCCUGAUGAUGAUCCGAUUCAGGAUGACGAUGAAGACCUGAAGCCAACCGUUCCACAGAACGCUGGAGGUUUCCGUGCCUUUCGUAAUGCCAUGCUGACGACCUUUGCUGCAAUAGAUAAAACAGGAGCAGGGAUUAUCCUGAAAUGGCUUCAGGCAGCCCUUGAUCCAUCCAUUACGGCGCAGGCUUCAAGGCAGCUCGAGCAGGAUCGCGGCGGUCUUCCGCGAUUGGACGCACACUUGGCAACAUUGAUGGCAGACAACAAAGUGUUGAAGGGAUACAGCCCGGCACACUUGACGACGUUCAAGGAGCGUGUAGAAAUAAGUGUAGAAUACAUGCUGAAUGGGAUGUUGGAGUCUGAGUGGCCUAGCGAGGAGACUUUAUUUCAGUUCGCGUAUGGUCGCCUGAAACCGUAUCGUGGUCUAGCUAGGGUCAUUGAGCGAAUCAAGGAAUCACCGAAAGGUUCGACAAAGCGAUCUUUUAGCUGGAUUUGGUCGAAGCUGACCGAGCAUCUCCACGAACUCAAAGAGGAUCAGAACGAACAGUCCAUUCGGGAGGCCCUCCUAGGCAAAACAACCAAGCCACAGGAGAAAGCCACGCCAGCAAAGCCGGCACCCAAGGCUGGGCCGCCAAAGGCGAAGCCCACUGCAGCUAAUGCUAAGGCUAAUGCCGCAGCGACAGUUGCACUUGUGUUGCCGAGUAGCGCCAAAGCACAUUCCCCCAGUAAAGCUUCCACAGUCAAGCAUGGGUGGUUUGCGCGCGCCUUUCGUGUGCUGUGUUCCUACUUCUCUUGUGUGUCGCCUGAGUUGGCAUGCCCUGCAGCUGUCACAUCCACUGUAACGGUUGCAGCAAACGUCAUGUCUGGAGCUCCAUACUUCCAUGAGUUCAUUGCUGAUUCAGGAGCAGGUCGAUCACUCGAGUCUCGCUCGUCGUUGAUUGAUCAGGGUAUUCCAGGGACUGAGUUCAGCCAGAAAGUGAGGGAUGAUGACAAAGUUGUUUUCUCCACAGGCAAUGGAAAGGUGACUUCUUCCAAGUCCCUUGGGUUCGAUGGUGAAACGUUUGGUUCAUGGAAAUCAUAUGUCCUAGACUCCUGUCCAAGUGUUCGGAGUAUGGGUGAGAUUGUUGAGCUUCAGGGCCUUCGUUUGUUUGGAUACCAGGACAAAUGCCCGCCUUCCUACAACCUGGUUGUAGCUCCGGGUGAUACGGCAUUUGAGCCGGUCCCCGAUGAUGAUGAGGCGGCACUGGAUGAGAUCACAGCUCUGGAUAUUCCAUUUUCGGAGAUCACUUGUAGUCGUGAGGCAAUUCGUAAACGAAACGAAUACAUAACGCUUGACCGGGUGAUCAAAUUUGGACCUACUCCGGGCUGCGGCGCAUGUGCGUUUGAAACCAAGACGCACACACCCGUCUGCCGAGCACGGUUCAACGCCCUCGUCAAGGCGGACCGCAUCUCGAAACCAUCGAAGCCGCCCGUGACCGUUGCUGACGAUGACAAAAGCAAGGAUGAUGGUACGGCAGUGCCGCCGGCCACAUCUGAACGUGUCGAGUUUGAAGAACUUUUCGGGGAUCAGCUUCCCGAGGAUUAUGCUCCUAAAGACACAUCACUUGGUAACAAAGAAGCUGUUUCAGAAGUGCCGGAUGACUGCCUUGAGUAUUCGCCCAGCGAAGCAGAAGAUGAAGGAUCAACUCAUGCAGCUGUCAUUUUGCAAAUCGAUGACGACUUCAGACAAUCAAACAUCGAUUGGAAUCGUUGUCGUAGAACUAGCUUCGUCAACCAAGUCUUGUUUGAGUACCCAAGCAGUCUUGACUCACAGGUUGGUGUUGUGGCGGAGCAGUCACACAUCACAUGUGUUCGUCUCGACCGCGACCUUCUUGAUUUAUCCAGCCAAGAAGACGUCGACCAGUUGUUAGGCCAAGUUGAGGCACUACCGGGUUGUGAUGUUUGGGCAACCAUGCCUGACACACACCGUUGUGCUGCACAAGGGCCGAAGGCGAAAAAGCCUGAUGCAUCAACCAAACGCAAGCGUGCAAAACAGCGUCACCAAGAGCAGAAGAUGCUUGAGCUCGCGCUGCCGGUUUUCCAAAAAUGCAUCGACAACUUUGGUCGCCUUUCCGUUGAAUGGCCAAAGGGUUCAGAACUUCAGAACCUCCCAAUCUGGUUGGAAUUCGAGAAAAAGAACGUGAUGAGAAGGGCUGUUUGUCAUGGAUGUAUGUUUGGGGCUUGCGGAAAGCACUAUCCUGUCAAGCUACCAUUGGUCGUUAGCACUAACUGCAUCAGAACAUUGGAAACAUUGUCGCAGUACCAGUGUGACCAAUCACACGUUCAUGAGACUGUCGCUGUGCAGACAACCUCCCACUCGUCUAAGAUGGCAAAGGCUAUCAUCGAGUCGUAUUAUCCCAACAAGCUUCACACCUUCGCUCCCAAUCACUCGCAUGCAUUCGUCACGCGCAAUCUUCCCAGGAAAGAAUGGACCGCGAACCCAAAAGCUGUCGAAGCUGUGAAAGCCGAAGCAGCGGGCUUACGGAACAACGAGACCUGGGACGAUAGCACCGCGCGUUUGCUAGGUGACUUAAAGCGGGAAGCGCGUCAGACAAACAGGAAUGUCAAGAUUGCAGACAUCUUGACACUGUGCGGGGAAAAGUUCUCCGAACUGCCCGAGGAAUUUCGUAAGUUCAAGGGCAGAGUUGUCUAUCGCGGGGAUAAGAUAUACGACGAACUUGGCAACCUGGUGCAGUUCACCGACACUGCCACUAACCCUACUGCCAUCACCGCUUUGAAUGUUGCCCUGUGGUUUGCUUGCAUGCCUGGCAACACAGCUUCAUCCAGCGAUGCCAUUCAGGCUUUUCUCCAGUCAGUCCUACCUGAGGAAACUUGGGUGGCACUGCCACCCGAGUUGUGGCUGGAAGAGUGGCAUCAGCGGUUCAAGAAGGGUGAUCGGGUAGUGGUCAGACUACGCAAAUCGCUCUACGGCCAUCCGUUGGCUGGCAAGCUUUGGGAGGAACACCUCGCCUCCAAGCUGCGCGAAUUAGGCGGUAAGGAACUGCAAUCAUACCCGUCCAACUGGGAUUUUGAAGAACAGGGCCACCUGCAUCAAGAUGCCGCAAAAAUCCUUAUGAAGAUCACAUGUAUUCAGGGAUCCAAGAAGCCGGGCGAUGGAAGUGGUCUGGAGAAGAAGCGCUGGGCCUUGAUAUGGAAAUGGCGAACUUAUCAUAUUCCCUGUAUUCAAGUGUCCAAGAAGCUGGGCGAUGGAAGUGGUGUGGAGAAGAAACGAGGUUCCGAAGCCUCAGCUCCGGGAAAGGUGGCUAAGACGCCAGAAGCAGCUGCUGUUGCUCCCAAAGCUUCCAAGCCACAAGCGGCCGAGGCUGGGCAUUGA